CCCUUGAUAAAAUUGAAAAUUACACAAAAGCUUUCCUUUCUUCUACACAGCCGUUCGUUCGUGGGGGUGGAGUUUAUACAAAACUGUUCGUGGGGUUUCUCUAAACUCUUUGCAUCUCAUCGCCUCUCACUUUCAUUUUUUUGUAUUUUCUCAGAUCUCAAACUAAAAUCAGUCAAAUGGAAGAUGAUGACAUUGUAAUUGCGGUUUUAUACAAUGGAACAUUGGUACAAAAUGAUAGUGGUGAUUGGGAAUAUCGAAAUGGUAAAAAUGUAAUGGUUUCCGUCGGCAAGAGAUACACAAAAUCAGAGUUAGAGGAUGAGAUUUUCAAUUCUAUUGAGAUAGAUCGAAAUGAAUAUUUGCUAAAGCUAAAAUGGAUAUAUGGACGAUGUGCAGAAAAGUUGGAUCCUACAGAAAUACGAUGUGAUAGGGAUGUGAAAUGCUUUCUUCAAGAAGUGAGGAAUGGAGGGAUGACAAUGAUGCGGCCUCCAUUGUAUGUUGAGGUGAUUUCAAAAGUUGAACAUGUAUGUAGAAAUGUUCAUCAAACAGCAUUUGCUUCGGAUAGUGGGAGUAAUCUUCAUUCUUUUUCUUGUCCUCCAAUUGGCGGUCGUCUACCACAAGCUUCCGGUACUGAACCAAUUCAGGCUACAUCUCAGGAAAUUAUGGUUCAAGAAACUCAGUUUAGAGAUCAAGUUGAUGUUCGUGGGGGGGCCUGGACAUCAUUUAACAUUCACGAAGGAGUUGAUGUUGGAGGUGACUAUGCUGAACGGUUUCCUAACGACGAGGAGUAUGAGCAGUUGCAUCAUAUUGAUCAUGAUGAGAAUUACAAUGCAGCAGGGGAUGAUGUUGGUCAUAAUGAUGUAGAUUUUGAUCAUGAGUUGCCGGAUAAUGAUAAUGAUAUGCAUCCUGAAAUGAACAAUGAAGGAGUUGAUGAUGUUAGGGUUCAUCGUGCUACAAGUGACCACAUAUCAUCGAGCAACAGAAGUGGUUCUAUGGCCAUAUUUUCGUCAAAGUUCACUGGCUGUGAGAGCAUAGUAGUUGGACAAUUAUUUCGCAACAAACGUGACCUACAGAAUAUAUCCUUUGGCUUUCGGCAUUGGAGAUGGAGAGAACGAGCAAGCAUAUACAUGGUUUUUCCAAAACCUGAAGGAUGCCAUCGGAGAUUUUCCAGAUUUGGUGUUUGUGAGUGAUAGACACCCCGCUAUUGAAAGGGCAUUACGCAAAGUUUUUCCCAAUGCAUACCAUGCGUUGUGCACGUACCAUAUAAGCAGAAAUAUUAAAGCAAAUGGACAUGCGAAAGAUGAAUCAAUAAUACAAUGUUUCAUGCUCGCAGCUAGUGCAUAUUUGGUUGAAGAUUUUGAGUUUUAUAUGGGGCAAAUUGAGGCAAAAAACAGUAGAGCUGCCCAGUACAUUCGAUCAUGUGACCCUACAAGGUGGGCACGUUCUCUUUGUCCAUGUAGAAGGUACACUAUCAUGACCACCAAUAUUGCAGAAAGCU